CAUUGGAAAGUCUCGUUGGCUUGUUCUUCACUGGCUUGUGGGACAGCACUUCAAAUCUGGCAAUGGAUCAGAAAGACUGAAGAGCUCUUUUGCUCCCACCAAUGUUUCUUAGAGCUGCCAGAACAGGACCGAUGAAGAUGUUCACCAGACUCCAAGUCCUUGCCCUAGCUUUGUUUUCCAAAGGGGUCUUCCUUUCCCUAAGUGACCACAACUUUGUGAGAAAGGAGAUUAAGAUAGAAGGAGACUUGGUCUUAGGUGGCUUAUUCCCAAUCAAUGAAAAAGGCACCGGGAUAGAAGAAUGUGGAAGAAUCAAUGAAGACCGAGGCAUCCAGCGCUUGGAGGCUAUGUUGUUUGCCAUUGAUGAAAUCAACAGAGACAACUACUUGCUGCCAGGAAUUAAGCUUGGAGUUCACAUUUUGGACACGUGUUCCAGGGAUACAUAUGCUUUAGAACAGUCUCUGGAGUUUGUCAGGGCCUCUUUGACUAAAGUGGAUGAAACAGAGUAUAUGUGCCCUGAUGGUUCAUACGCCAUUCAAGAGAAUUUACCAUUACUCAUUGCAGGAGUCAUAGGUGGUUCCUAUAGCAGCGUCUCCAUACAGGUGGCAAAUUUACUCAGACUCUUCCAGAUCCCCCAGAUAAGUUAUGCCUCCACCAGUGCCAAGCUGAGUGACAAAUCCCGCUAUGACUAUUUUGCGAGGACAGUGCCUCCUGACUUUUACCAAGCAAAAGCCAUGGCUGAAAUCUUACGGUUCUUCAACUGGACCUACGUAUCGACAGUUGCUUCGGAAGGAGAUUAUGGGGAGACGGGGAUCGAAGCCUUUGAGCAGGAAGCUCGCCUCCGGAACAUCUGCAUUGCCACCUCCGAGAAAGUGGGACGAUCCAACAUCAGAAAGUCCUACGACGGUGUGAUCAGAGAGUUGCUCCAGAAACCCAAUGCCAGAGUGGUGGUGCUCUUCAUGCGAGGUGAUGAUUCUCGGGAACUCAUUGCAGCUGCCAACCGUUUCAAUGUUUCCUUCACUUGGAUUGCCAGUGACGGAUGGGGAGCUCAAGAGAGCAUCGUUAAAGGCAAUGAGCAUAUAGCUUCUGGAGCAAUAACCUUGGAACUUGCUUCCCAUCCGGUUAAAGAGUUUGACAGGUAUUUCCAAAGCCUCAGCCCUUACAAUAAUAGACGCAACCCCUGGUUCAAGGACUUCUGGGAGCAAAAAUUCCAAUGUAAUCUCCAGAACCGAAAGCCACAUAGAAAGACUUGUGAGAAGCACUUCACUAUCAACAGUUCCAACUAUGAGCAAGAAUCCAAGAUUAUGUUUGUUGUGAAUGCCGUGUAUGCAAUGGCCCACGCCUUGCAUAAAAUGCAGCGGACUCUAUGUCCAAACACCACCAAACUCUGUGAUGCCAUGAAGCAUCUGGAUGGCAAGAAGCUGUACAAAGAUUACCUUCUGAAAGUAAACUUUACAGCUCCAUUCAAUCCUCCCAACACUGCAGACAGCACAGUCAAAUUUGAUGCCUAUGGAGACGGGAUAGGCCGAUACAACGUGUUCAAUUUCCAGUACACCGGAGGCAGAUACUCCUAUGUGAAGGUUGGUCACUGGGCGGAAACCUUGUCACUAGACGUAGACUCUAUCCACUGGUCCAGGAGCUCUAUCCCCGUUUCCCAAUGUAGUGACCCCUGUGCUCCUAAUGAGAUGAAGAAUAUGCAACCGGGAGACGUCUGCUGUUGGAUCUGUAUUCCUUGUGAAACCUAUGAAUACCUGGCUGAUGAAUUUACCUGUGCAGACUGUGGGCCUGGAAAAUGGCCCACGGCUGACCUGACUGGCUGUUAUGACCUACCAGAAGAUUACAUCAAAUGGGAAGAUGCUUGGGCAAUAGGUCCUGUUACCAUUGCAUGCUUGGGCUUUAUUUGUACUUUUAUGGUCAUUGGAGUGUUUAUCAAGCACAACAACACCCCCCUGGUCAAAGCGUCUGGCCGUGAACUGUGCUACAUAUUGCUCUUUGGGGUCUUCCUGUCUUACAGCAUGACCUUCUUCUUCAUAGCCAAGCCUUCGCCAGCUGUCUGCACCCUGCGUCGCCUGGGGCUAGGAAGUUCCUUUGCUGUCUGCUACAGUGCCCUCCUGACAAAAACAAACUGCAUAGCUAGAAUAUUUGAUGGUGUAAAGAAUGGCGCUCAAAGGCCUAAAUUCAUCAGCCCCAGCUCUCAGGUCUUCAUCUGCCUGAGUCUCAUUUUGGUACAGAUUGUGGUGGUGUCUGUGUGGCUUAUCUUGGAGUCCCCCGGUACCAGGCGGUACACUCUUCCCGAGAAGAGAGAGACUGUCAUAUUGAAAUGCAAUGUCAAGGAUUCCAGUAUGUUAAUCUCCUUAACAUAUGAUGUAAUCCUCGUAGUCUUAUGCACUGUAUAUGCCUUCAAAACAAGGAAAUGCCCAGAGAACUUCAACGAAGCCAAGUUUAUCGGUUUCACAAUGUACACAACGUGCAUCAUUUGGCUGGCCUUUCUCCCUAUAUUUUAUGUGACAUCCAGUGACUACAGAGUGCAGACCACCACCAUGUGCAUCUCCGUGAGUCUGAGCGGCUUCGUUGUGCUGGGCUGCUUGUUCGCACCCAAGGUGCACAUCAUCCUCUUCCAGCCUCAGAAGAAUGUGGUCACUCACAGACUCCAUCUCAACAGGUUCAGCGUCAGUGGGACCGGGACCACUUACUCCCAGUCCAACAGAUAAGAGCUGGAUGCUUUGUGUGGACGUUUUCCUUCACUCAGCAGAGCUAAUAGCUACCUCUCAGCAUUACAAGAGGAAGUAUGUGCUGUGAAGGUAAGCCUGGGAACUCAAAAGGCAAGGCUGCUGGCUUCUUGCUUACUGCCAUGUUCUCUGUCUAACUUUGGUGUCCCCCUGACCCAGUUACCGUGGAAAUUGAGCUAUUCAUAGUCUUCAGUGUGUUGAACUUCACAGAACCCCUGAAGCUAAAAUAAUUCUGGAUGUGUGACUGAGAUACACAGAAACUAAAUGCUUUUGCCCUUAGUCAUGCUGCAAUAGCAUAGGGGUUUGAAUCAGGUCUCCCAAGCAGUACUGAUUUUCAAUCUGCCAACAAAAAGUAGUAGUAGUAGUGGUAGUAGUAGCAGUGGUAAUAAUAAUAGUAAUAUUUACAAAAUUAUCAGGUCAGUGUCCUCUCAGAUUACAAGCAGGUAAAAGCCAAAUACAAAACCUGAUAGUUAACAUUCACAAAACCUUAGACAUGAUGCCCUUCUAUCUACAAAUAACUGAUUUCAACAUAUCCAGGUUGUGAGAAAUCAAGCCCCUGCUAUCUAAUUCAGAGCAGACGGUCAUUCUUAGCUCUCCUGUUUAUCAGGAAUAUGCCCUGCCCUCUGAGUAAUAGUUUAGUCCAAGGGUACCUCUAAAUUUCUCUGUUAAAGCAGUUCUGCUUUCCAUGAAAUAUUUACUUGCCCAAAGAAAGAAUUAGAAUUAGUAGCUGAUUUGAAGAAAGAGCGAUCUGUCCUGCAAAUGAUGCUGAGUGCCUUUACAGAACUGGUCUGCAGCUGAAAGGGUAGCCAGCACCCGUUGUGGAAGACUGAGCGUGCCCUUUUCAGCCGCAUAAACUACUUUUUACACUGGAUGAUUGAGUUUGCUAAGUCACUGCACUGCUUGCUGUGUGUUUUCUUUAAUGAAGACAUCACAUUUCUCUGGGUCACUGUUAUCAUUAACCUAAUGUAUCUUUCAGAAAACAGCUUUAUGGUGCUGUGAAUAGAGAUGUCACAGAGUAUCUGAAAACACAUUCCAGAUUCCCAAUGGAUAAUUGUAACAAAGAUGGACAGACCGGUUUGCUUUUAAAAUUAAAUCCACAAGACUUUAGCAGAAUAAUAAUAUAUUCUACAAUCAAUAUACAAUUGCGUUUAGAAACAGAUUCUUAUACUCAGCAUCACAUUGUCCUAUCACUGAAGCAAUGAAAAUAUUUGCGAAUAAAGUAUUAGGCAAUGUAGAUAAGGGUGUCAGAAUCUGGCCCUCACCUCUGGAGUCAUAUUUAAUCCUGAUCCAGAGAUCCUAGAAAUCAAGGGGCUUAUUGGCCAGAAAACACUCAGGGAUUAGAUGAGAAAUAACGUUGUUUGCAAAUUCACAGUUGUUCAAAAACGUCUUCACUCACGUGCACUUUUUUUUUUUUGAUUAAAAAGUAAUGCACAGUCAAUGCACAGUCCUAAUGUGUAGAAGUGGAUUCUCUCCUAGAUUAAAAAAUGCAUGUGUUUCAUUUCAGGAAUGUCCAUUCCAAUUAAGGAAAGCUUGCAGAGUCUGACCUUAGUAUUUCAUGCCAUUUCAUGAAAAAUCCAAAGGGUCAAUUUUUAUUCUACUAAGGCAUCUUAACAUCACGCUGGCUAAACUAUCUCACACUACCGUACAAAAUCCAAUAAAGUGAGACCCUUUGGCCCAGUAUCAUCCAAAAAAAAAGUAUGCAUUUUAUUUUGACACUGUUGGAGAAGCUUCAUCACCCUACCUAGCCUCUCCCAAUAGUCAGCAAAGAGAAAUCAGGUUCCUCCAGGGGAUGUUUCAGCCUAUCCAAGAUCUGACUUGCCUUGCAGAGGUGCAGGCGGUACCUCUAUCAGCUCCACUGCUGACAUAGUCACCUGCAGUGAUUCUUCCUUACACAUCUCAGGCUAGGUUAGAUGAUCCAGUUAACCCAAAUGGGAAUCCUACAUGUUGUUGGGGUUUUUUUGCCCACCCCUAAGGUUGGUUGAUUUUCCCCUCUCUUUCUC